AAUGCACUCGCGCGUCAAACAAGUCUUUUAUUGUGAAGAACUCGUGAACUCCAAAAAAGUCAGGGUGUUUUAGGGGAUCUAUCAUGGCUGGUGGCUCUGGAAUAAAUAGAAAAUUAUAAUUUUAUUUCAUCAUCACUAUUAAAUCAAAUGAUACCUUCGAUUUUCUGCACUCUGGGCUCUGCUUGUGUUGACAGGGGUGUCUGGCUGAAAUUGAGGCCCAAUGGUCGCUUGACAUGACCUAAAACUAACGAAAUAUCUAUGAGAAAUCAAUAUUGCUUCCUAAUUCACAAACAAAUAGUCAUAAACAAAGUUAUUUAUAUACAUUUUGUUGCACAAAAAAAUAUGCGAGACACUGAUCCAGCCAUUUUGAGGUUAACCAAGUGUACUAUCUAGAUGCUAGCCAUAGCUGAUGCUAGCUUGUUACAUAGCAUAGUGAAUUUUAAUAUCAUGCGUGCGCAUCCCUAACUGAUGUGUAGUAUGACUGGCGCCAAAACGCUUCAACAAAACAAGCCUGGAAAAAGAGUGAAGCCAAAUUUUACUCAUUUGUUUUUCAUCGUUCAAUUUUUCAAAAACUCUAAAGUAUUUAUUAUUAUAUACAAAAUGUCGAAUUAAAUAUCAAAAUUCUAACAUUUUGCUCUCCCCUACCCCAUUAAUUCAGUUGAAAAGUUGAUUUCUCGUAGUUGUCAUCAAUCAAUCAACAGUUGCGUAAAUGUAAGGUUAUUAUCGAAUCACAUUUGUUUGUUCACUUGAAUAUAUUAAUUGUGAUCCCCCAAAGGAGAGAAAUAAAGACAAAAAUGGCCGAUUUAAGGGAAAUAAAUAAUACAAAUGCCCAGGCCAAUUGUGAAAAUGCCAAUGGGGGUGGAGAAAAAAGCCACGAGGAGAUGAUCCAAAAUUCGGUGUUGUCUCUGGAGAAUGACAAGGACACAUCAUUAACCUUGGACAAUGGUAGGAAGAGACAGAGGGAUGAGAGUCCAGGGGUUAAGCCUGAGAGGGCCUCCAGGAAUCGUAAGAACAGUGAAUCCAGCAACAGUACAACUUCCAGCAAUGACAAGAAAAAGAUAGAGUAUGAAACUGAUGCUGGGGUGUUGUCUAGAAGGCAGAAAGAUAUUGAUUAUGGAAAGAAUACUAUUGGAUAUGAUAGAUAUAUACAAAUGGUUCCUAAGGAUCAGAGGACCAAAGAUCAACCGAAAACCCCUCCAAAGCACGUGAAAUACAGCAGAAGGGGUUGGGAUGGCAUGGUAAAGCUCUGGAGGAAGCAACUGCAUACCUGGGAUCCUCCUGACGUCCAGCAGGAUGAACCUGAAGAGGAAAACAAAGAGGACCCUAAACAAGUUACCUCUGAACAUUAAUUGCUUCACUAUUCAACCUAAAAAAAAAAAAGUUGAAGAAUUCCUUCGAAAAUGCAGGAAAUUCUUUUGAUAAAAGAAGAAAAAACAAAAAAAAACAGAAGAGUGCAUAGUUAUUUUUCAACGCGUCGCAUGGUAGCAUUUUUACCUUGUAUUUUGCAUUAUUCUGUAUUAUUAUAAAAGUUUGUUUAUAAAUUACAAUAUUUGGUA